CAACCACUCGAUGCCAUAGACUGAAAGAGAUGAAAAGGUCACUGCCAUGAUGAACUUUGUUGUGCUCUGCCUGAUGUCGUAAUGGGUUAGUUCUUUGCAUUAGCUUAAGGCUGGAAAGGACCCAGAGGGGUACAGGUAGCGUCUCCAUGGUAACAGUACCAGUUGUCAUCAGUUCACCAGCCAAAAUUGUGCCAGAAAGCUUACGACCAGUCAGUGUGAAUGUAGGGCCCCAAAUGAUCAUAAGUACACCACAGCGACUCUCCAACUCAGGGACUGUUCUGAUUGGGACACCGUACAUCUCCCCUACUCCGACUAUGGUUACACAGACACACAUAACCGAAAGUGCAGCAUGGGGUCAAGGAACCCGAAAAAGAAGCCAUGAAUUUGUAGUAUCAGACUACUCGGAGAGCAAAAGAAGCAAAAAGUGUGACAAGAAUGGCAAAGGUCUGAGGCAUUUUUCAAUGAAAGUGUGUGAAAAGGUGCAACGGAAGGGAAAAACAUCAUAUAAUGAAGUGGCUGAUGAACUUGUGGCUGAAUUCACUAAUGCCAGUACCCAUCUGCCAGCAGAUUCUCAAACAUAUGACCAGAAAAACAUCCGACGUCGAGUUUAUGAUGCUCUGAAUGUGUUGAUGGCCAUGAACAUUAUCUCAAAAGAGAAGAAAGAAAUCCGAUGGAUUGGAUUGCCUACAAACUCAGCUCAGGAAUGUCAAAAUUUAGAGAUGGAGAAGCAGAGACGAAUAGAACGAAUAAAGCAGAAGAGAGCGCAACUGCAGGAAUUAAUACUACAGCAAAUAGCUUUUAAAAGGUUGGUACAAAGGAAUCGACGACUUGAUGAGCAGAACCAGGGUCCCCCUGCUCCGAAUUCGGUAAUCCAGCUUCCAUUCAUCAUAGUCAACACCAGCAAACAAACAGUUAUAGACUGCAGCAUCUCGAGUGACAAGUUUGAGUACCUCUUUAAUUUUGACAACACGUUUGAAAUCCACGAUGAUAUUGAAGUGCUAAAACGAAUGGGCAUGUCAUUGGGCCUGGAAUCUGGUAAAAGUUCUCCUGAAGACCUGAAAAUUGCAAAAUCAUUGGUGCCAAGGGCUUUAGAAGGCUAUAUCACAGAUAUGGCAGCAGGACCAUCUUGGUUAAACAAGGGACUGCCUUCCAGCACAGCUCCAUCAGCAUCAGCCAUGAGCAGUGCUACCUGUAUAUCUCAAUUAAGCUCUUAUCCUGGAUGUUCUUUAGAUGCUGAAGUAGCGUUAACAACAGGACACUACAGUACAGCUGGCAGUCUGCAGUCGAACAGUACUGCAUCCCAUUAUUCAGAUUCUCGAGGAGAGACACCAUGUUCGUUCAAUGAUGAUGACGAAGAUGAUGAUGACGAUGACUCUUCCUCCUCUCCAGAAUAAAGGGGGUCUUUUACAAGCUGAGAAGAGGAAGAAUUUAACUCCUGAGCUCUUGGAAUUCUUUCUUCUCUGGUGCCACAUUAUUCUUGUGUACCCAAACCUCCUAAGCACUAAGCCACAGAUACAGAAAGCCACUUAAACUCAGCAGAUGCUCAAGUUGUACCAUAAAUAUGUAAGGAGCUGGCCUCAAUGAAGACUCGAAGUCUUAGGUAAUUGAAAACUGGAAAUAAAAGCCAAACCUGCCUGAACGCCCUUUGGAGCAGAUGUUGUGCACAUCAGCUUGACAAUGGCAAGGCCUCUCCAGGUGUUAUUGCUGCCUUAAACCUGAUGCCACUGGAUAAGUAACAGAAAACUGAGAUCUUGCUUCCAGGAAACACUGUGUCACAUUAAAUUUUCUUUUUGCAGAGAGCAUUUUCAGUAGAAAUUUCUAAUGUCAGCCAUUACAGCUGUAAGGAGAAUAGAAUGAAAAUCCUUUUUCAGAAUGUAUUUUGAGUUCAGCAUACUAAAAAUUUCAUCAUAGUAUGUAUGCCCUUUCCUGUUUAAGGAGAGAAUAUGUCCAAAAUGCAUUUUAGUCUUCAUUCUAUUUAAAAUUGUUUACGUACAUUAUGAUCUGAAUGUCAUGGUGUUGAGUGCCUUGUACAUUGCUUUAACUGUGUGGCAGAAGUGUGCAUUUAAUUAAUGAUUUGACCAUUAGCACGUAAAACGUUUAUUGGAAUUGGAUGUGACUACUUUGUUUUUGCCUUGUUUUGGUACUCCGUAAAGAAGUUGCUGUUACAUUGUGUGACAUUGCCAGUUGCUGGUUGCAGAAACACACUAGACAGUGUUGAGAUAGUUGUUACUAUACAGAAGAUAAAAUGUAGUUUUAUCCUAGAGUCACUGGCUUUUUUUUUUUAUUCUAUGUAUGCAGCUGGCAUGCUUAUCAGAGGUUUAAGAGCAUCACAGCUGCCUUAUGAUUAAAUAUGCUUAUUACACUUGCA